AAAGCGCUGAACUGGGCCGCAGUCGGCAGCUAGCCGCUCGUGGCGCUGCCAAUCAACGGGAGGCGGAGAGGUGGUCCGGACUGGCCGCGGUAAUCAGGAAGCCGGGGAGGGCUAGUCGGUGUCCGGCGCCACCAUGGGCCGCGUGUCGCUGCUGCUGCUGCUGCUAGCGGCGGCGGCGGCGGCGUCGGAGGAGGCGCGGCUCGCCGCCAGGAUUGCCAGCCUCGAGCGCCGCCUCAAGUCGGUCGAGCAGCCAGUGUGGGAGCUGUCUUCGGGCCCUGAGCGCUGGUCUCGCUGCACGGAGGGCCCCUGCCGCUGCCGCCCGGAGACGCUGAGCCUCAGCUGCUGGAGGAUGCAGCUGCGGGAGCUGCCGGCGCUCCAGCUGGUGCCGACCGACGCGCGCGCCAUAGACCUGGGCGUGAAUGCGCUGCCAGCGCUCCACAAAGACGCCUUCAAGGACCUCAGCCGUCUCGUCGAACUAGACCUGUUCGACAACAGCGUAGACCACCUGCCACCUGCCAUCUUCGAGUCUCUGCACAGCGUCCGCCACAUGAGGCUGAACAGGAAUCGCCUGGUGGAGCUCUCCGAGAGACUCUUCAGCAAGCUCGUCCACCUCGAGACUCUGGACCUCUCGUGGAACCAGCUGCGGUCGCUGCCGGAGAAGCUGGUGCGCUUCUGCAGCCAGCUGACGCUGCUCCACCUCAGCGGCAACAGGCUGGUCACUCUGCCUGAGCGCCUGCUCCAGGGGCUGGCCCGCCUGGAGGAGCUCGACCUGUCCGCCAACAGCCUCGAGCAGCUGCCGCCGCUGCUCUUGCAAGGUCUGUCGUCGCUGCGGCGGCUGCGGCUGUCGGACAACCGCCUGUCCGAGGUCCCGCAGGAGCUGCUGUCCGGGCUGUCGGCGCUGGAGUCUCUGGCGCUGCGCCGCAACCGGCUGGCGCGACUCGGGCCCCGCCUGCUCGCCGGCCUGCACAACCUCACCGUGCUAGACCUCACCUCCAACAGCAUCACCGCCCUGAGCGGGGAGGAGCUGCGCGGGCUGCGGUGCCUGCGCGAGCUGCACCUGGGCCAGAACCUGCUGUCGCAGCUGCCCGACGGCGCGUUCGUGCAGCUGCCGGCGCUGCAGAAGCUGUUCCUGUUCGCCAACACGCUGGAGCAGCUGUCGGCCGGCGCGCUUCGCGGCCUGCACAACCUCACCACGCUGCUGCUCAACAACAACCUGCUGCGCGGCUUCGACGGCCGCCUGCUCGCGCACUCGCCCAGCCUGCUCAAGCUGCAGAUCGACAGCAACAAGCUGCAGUACAUCCCGGCGGGCGCGUUCGACGCCGUGCCGGACCUGGUCGCCAUCAAGCUGGCCAAGAACCCCUGGCACUGCGACUGCUCGGCGCUGUACCUCGCCACGUGGCUGCGUGAUCACUCGUCGCAGGUGUGGGACGCUUGGCCAACCUGCCGUGGACCUGGGGACCUGGGCGGUCGCAAUAUGCACGAGCUGGGCUUCGAGGAGCUGUGUGAUGGCCAGUGGGCGUCCAUGGUCCGCCUUACGCCUCGCAUUCCCGUCGCCUGAUGGCGCCACCAGCGGGCCUCCGAGGAGAGCUGCUCACACGUUACGUCACCAUCGCCACGAGUGGAUCUCCGUAAAGCACCGCAAAUGGCACAUCGUCAUCACCCGGUGGUGCCACCAGCCAGCGUCUAUGGGGCGCCUCAUUCCGUGCAUCCCAGUCACCUGGCAGUACCAUAGAGCAGGGUUUCCGUCCAUCUCUUGGUAGUCCAGAGGGCCGCACAGCACUUGGGUCCUCUCAGCUCCUACUGAUCUACGAAGUUUUCUGUUAUAUUCUUGAACAUCGUCAAAAAAAAAAAAAGCCAGAAAAAGAAAACAGAUAUAAGAAAUCUGAUUGAUCUUGAUAAAGAAUCAGACUAUUACACAGACGGGAAUUUUUAUGAUGUUGAUGACAUGUCAGUGUCCCUGUUGAUCCAUCGUAGAUGCAGCUGGCGGCUAGAUAUUUAUCAAAUAAAAAUCACCAAACAGCCGCAUGUUUUCAGAAGUUGUUAUUUUAUUUACAUGACCAGUUUCAGCAUCUCAGUAAUGUAAUCUUCAGGCCCCUAUGCACUCCAUCUGUAGAGAAUCAGAUAUAUGGAUGCACGCAUAAUCGGAGCCAUCAGUACCUGAAAUCAGUGGAUUUUUAUUGUGUACACAUCGAAGAUUUGAUGACUCAACUCUUCGAAGUAAACACUACACAAAAGCUGUUAUGCGUGCAUCGAUGUACCUAGUUCUCUACGUGUGAGGCGUGAAGAUGGCAUUAAUGAGAUGCAGGAUCUGCUUGUUUAAACAAAAUAGCACCUCCUGCAGACAUGCGGCUGUUUGGUGAGUUUUGUUUGGUAUACGUGUCAGUUUGGUCGCCGACAGCAAGCUCUUUAGCGUCAGUACUAAAAUUUUGUGAGACGAAUGUGGAUAAAAGGGAAAUUAUUAAAACGUGAACUACAGAUACCAAAAUUAAGAACUUCCUAAAUGACACACACACACACACACACACACACACACACACAAACAAACAAACAACAAUAACGAGAAUCACGUUACCAGACCUAAGAUCUACAGUAAAAAGAGAGAAAGCAGUGCAAAGGGUGAAAUUUUGCAGUUCCAUUUCAGGCUGAAUAUGAUACCUUCUUUAUGUCAGCAAUUUAGGUCAGAGAGGCUUUUGAUUAGUGACUAAAAUGGGUCUGCCAAAUCGUUUCGAUCUGUUUCUGCAGUUCAUUUCUAUCUAUGUCCAUAGCUUUCUGGGAGACACAAAUGCUCCACUCAGCAAGAAAUUUUAUACCAAGAUAGUGAGAAGAGCAUUAUGUGUUGUGCAGUCGAAAGGCUUCUAUAUUCUGUGUAAUAUAUGGUGGGGCUUUGCCUUAUUGGAAUGGAAUAAGAGUUUGAUGUAGGAUUUACAGUUGGCAGAAUUUGUUAUUUCCAAUGCUUGACGUAAAAGGCUCACGUGGUAUAACGUGUUUAACCCAUUUUUAAGACAAUUGCUCCACGUGGAACACUCAUGCGUGUACACGUGAUCACUGCUUAAGACUGUGUGCUCUGCUACCGUUCGAUCAUCCUCCAUACAUUUUUUUCCUUCAUCAGCUUGCUUAUAACUAUUUAGCUGCUUUGCACAUUCCGUUGGGGCUAUUCUCCGUUGACUAGUCGUUACCGGAGCCUUAGCACUCGUUUACACAACGUGUGAGGCAGUUUGCAGGUCGGCUGUGCCAUUCACCAAAUGCCUUGGGGCCGGUACGUGAACCAUUGUGCUCUAAACUUCUCUUGCGGUACGGUUUUCUGUCCGCACCACAGCAUGUGUAAAAAAGUGGCCCAUGUUGAGAACUGUAGAUAAUACGGCAUACCACCACCAAAGGCGUGAACGAAUAAUACUGACGAAAGGUGAAGAACACACUAGUUUCACAAAACAUGGAGUUUAUCCAUGUCCGUAGCUUUCUUAUGGGAAACCCUGAAUUGUACAAUAGCCAAUAUAUCCGUAACAUGCAUCAAGAGACAACGGAAAUAUUCACAAAUUGGACGACAAUAUCAUAAUUAUUUGUUCAAAACAAAUAGAGAACUUCCACAAGAGAUCAUGUAAGUAUGGAAAUAGCUACAGUAUAGAAGAACUGAGUAGGUCUCAGUCCCUGUUCUUAACCAUGUGGUUCACCAAGAUCGUGGAGCAAAGGCAAAACAUUGAGAGUAACAUUUCUCUACAAAGGAAAGUGAUGUCCUCAAAAUUAUAAGAAGGUGCCGACACAAUUAACAUUCCAAGUAUGAAUCAAGAUGCCCGAGUAGAAUGUAAUCAACGAGAACGUGAACAAACUUACCAUAUGAAUUAAAGUAAUCAUAAUAUCAUUCAGUAAUAAGCGACUGGGAGGAUGAAAUGGAGAUCCUUGGAGUUUCUUGAAGCUGCCAGACUGAAUCCCAUCCACCUCCCAAGCAUGACGCUAGAGUCCUUCACCGCAAACUGGUAGAUAACUGAUAAGGCAGGUAACGGAUCAGUAGUAUACUUUUCCCAAGACCAGUGAUAAUAUCAGAGGCAGUCUGCCACUCAUUUAGUGUAGUUCCACAUUCGCAGUCAUGUUGACCACCUACCGCGAGAUCAGAGAAUAUGGCCCUGUGAAUCUCACAAGGCGACCUGCCACCAGUCCACAUCAUUUGGGUUGUACUUUCGUCCACUGCACAGCUUGUGAUUCCCCGUGACAUAAAGGGUGGAAGGCGGCAGCGACGAUUAUCAGCGACGCGACGUUGAUGACAGCAAAUUACCCCAGUGGGAAGACUAAGCUGGCCAGAUUCCAGAGAGAAAAAACAGGGGCACUUGUGCCUAUACCUGAGCUCGUUACCACACUUACGCUUAUCCUUCUUGUCAGUUAUGAUAUUUUGGAAUCGAUAGCAGACUUAUUACGAUGAAGCAGUUGAAAAAUCCGUGGCAAGAAUGUAUCUUCAUUUUGUGAAUUGGGAAGGAAAUUGUAGGUACACUAUACAAAAACAAAUUUAUUUUCUGCAGAAAGAAAAAAAAAAGAAUCAAUAUAUACUUUUUCACUGCAAUAGCCAGGAUAUAUUUUCUGCAAUAUUUACUCACUUACUAAGUAUUUAAGUACAAUUUGUUAGUUCUAAAUACUAAGUAAUAUUACCAGUCAGUAAUCAGGUGGAAUUAUGCAUUUCAUAUUAAAAUUUAAAAUUUCAGACUGUUAGGGCAAAGGUGUGUGCGUGACUAACAAUAUUCAAUAAGCAUUGCUAACGUUCGCCGCAUCGCUCACAUUGAUCAGAAAAUUAACUUCCAUACCGCUGCAGUCCCGUUUGCAGAAAUGGUUUAAGUUAAGUGAUGCUCCUUUAUACCUCCUUUGGUUUUGUUUUUACUCGUUUUGAGGGUCAUAGAGCGGAAGGUUGACAGGUUAGAGGCGAGGGUAGGCAAUACGUGCUUUUCUUUUCAACAUAUCUCUUACUCUCUAGGCAUAAGACGAGUUAUACCAAAUGUAGUAGGCCAAUAUGCUGUUAAAAUAUAUAUUUCUGUAAGUUCUCGUGCUUAUAGGAAACUUGUUUUUCACAAAUAUUUGAUUAAAUGAAAGAUAUUGUGCACGCAUUGUGUUUCCCGACUAAAAACCGUGACAAUUUUGCGUCCCGAAUGAUAUAUUCAGGACAUUUAUGUGAAAACGGGGACUGUCCCGGCAAAACUAAGACGUCUGGUCAACCUAGCGAAGCAGGCUGACGAUUAAAGAUUCGUAUCCUUCCUUCAAAGCCCCAAUGGUAGUGUACUCGAAUAAAAAAAAAACAGCUAGCCACAUGAUCCUCACACAUAUCCACGUCUGCUCCACAACAACGACAGAAACUGUCCUUUCUUGACGUGCCUUUCUGUCGCGUCCACGACUGUCCCUGAGACAGUUACUACGGGUGGUUUUGGGAAUGAAUAUCCUUCAGAAAAUAUCUCAACAGCUUAUCUAACGCGUAUUUCGCACCACGUUAGCACCUGAGCUGUUGUGAUGCAUCUUUCAGCGUGUAUCAUGUAUUGGACCUGCUAUAUAUACCUAUAAUCUUAGUAAGCAAAUGUUGGUUUAGUUCUCGAUCGUAUUCAUUCGUAGUUGUUAGUAGAAAAAAGAACAUAAAUUGUAACCACUGAAACGGUACCUUUCCUUUGCUUUAUGUGUACUUCAUUACAAAGUAAGGAACCCACUUUAGGACACUACUGCACAUUUCGGCAAUUGAAUGUCGUGUGGUUUAACAGCGUAAUACGGUAACUGAAUGAUGUCUCCAGAGUUCUCAUAACAGAAGGAUUGGGUCAUUUCAUGAUAGCCAAAGGAGCCGAAUUCUGUUUCUGUACUAGAAACAUGUUGCAGAUAAAAGGGAAUCAUAGCAAUGUCGAGUUACCAGUACAUUCUCAGCGGUUCUGUUCUCAUCUCAACUAGUCAAAGCAAUAAAAUACCUCAAUGUCCAUCGGCAAGAAGCUUUCCCCCUUUCUUAAAAGAGGAGGGUGAUCAGGAACGUGAUAACGAUCUUUUAUAUUCGCUUGCCCCAGCAAGUUAACAAUGGGGGUGCCACAGUAAGUUAACAAUGUGAAUCUAACUAAUCAACAAGACAGGCGGACGGCAGUUUCUACCCGCAUAUUGCAGAGUUGUGAUGAAUCUGCAUAUUUUUGUCUCAUCUUCACUUAAAUCUAGUAGACAUAUUGUUUUUAGAUAAUGGUAAAAAAGGUAUUUUCUUAUCCUCUAUCUCGUUACAAAGGAAUCUGUAAACCCAUUUGUGAGAUAUCUCUGGCAUGAAAUAGAAAAUGACAUUUACGUAGUCCACAUUUUACCGGAGAGACAGCGCAAAGCAUGGUUGAGCUUUCACCGCAUUAUGCUUUGUAUUACAAGUUUAACAGUGCAAUCAUGAUAUCAUCGGGGCAAACAGACUAAUGUGAUGAGAAACAAACUAAACUUUUGGGUUUGAAAACUUUUGAUUUGUGAAGACCAAUGUUUUCCAAACAAUGAAUAAGUGUAACAAUGACUAACAUUCUAGCAUGAGUGCAUGUCCUAAGAAUUCAUACAGUAAUAGUGAGACAAAAGAAAGUUCCAUGUGGUUUUCCCUUGCGCUUGAUGUGUACAAAGGAAGCAUCGCUGUUCUAUGGAGAUUUAGAGUUGCAUUGUAAAACUGUCAUAUUCUGUCAAACUGUUGGAAGUCUGACAAAUGAUACAAGAUUUUCUUACCUAAGCCUUGUUAUGAUACAAUACGUUAUUUUGUAUAGCAACCAGUAUCAGACGUUAAUAUAACUUGAAACUGUUUCUAAAGCUUCGAUCAAAUAUAAAGAAUUUUAAAAUGA